UUUCGGUCCCCCAUUCAUCAACUUUUUGUCAAGGAAUGGAGGUUGUGCAAGUCCAGCCGCGUGACAUUUACAUACACUAUGUAUAUGUGCCCGAUGCUGGGACCACCAUUCGUUGGUGGUUUUCUACAAAGCGAAAAAACAUUGCAUUUGGACUUUACCGUACCUUCAACCAAGCUCAGGUGUCCUCCUCCGAUGUACUUUUUCAUGCCCAAGACACAGCUCGAUCAUCCCCUCAAUCGCCCCCAUCAACUCGUUCAGUCAAUGCAAGCACUCCGUCUGGCCGCAGACCUACCAUUUCACAUGAACCAAGCAAUUAUAGCUCGGAUAACCAAGAAGGCUCCAUUCAACAAGGCUCUGCUGCAUCUGUUCGAUCUCGAAGAAAGUCUGUGGCAACCCAGAAAUUGGCCGAUAAUCUGGUAGAGAUACUGCCUAUCGAGCACUGCAAUUCCGCUGAUAACAAAGUCUCCGGUCAUUACCUCGUAGACGAACCCGGGUCGUAUGCCCUUGUGUUUGACAAUACAUUUUCUAGGAACACUUCCAAAACGCUUACGUUCUCCGUUGCAUUAGGAGACGGUGAACAAGUUGGUUCUAACGAACAGACUGAGCUUGCCGGAUGGAUAUUGAAAAAACGUAGAAAGAAGAUGCAAGGCUGGGCAAAGCGGUGGUUCUACUUGUCAUCUGCUGGCGUUUUGUCAUACUCUAUUCAUAACAACUCCAUAUGUCGAGGUAGCAUUCAAAUAUGCUUAUCCACUAUCUCUGUCAAUCCUCAACAGAGCCUCAUUCACAUUGAUUCCGGAACCAUGAUAUACCAUCUAAAAGCGUUGACACCAGAUGACUUUGAAAGAUGGACGAAAGCCUUGCGUUAUCACAAAACGUCCACAGUCGCCAGUGCUCAACAAUUACGCGAUGGCACCUUCAUACCCGCACCUUCAUCGGAAAGCGAGUUAGCUGACCAAGCAAAGACGGCCAGUACUGUUCGCGAAAACCUAGCCAGUAUGGAUGUACAAAUAAACAACAUCCGCAAGAUAUUGGAUACCAUGGGCAACAUGAUUGGUGACAGCGGAGGUUCGGCGACUUCAUCCGCCGGGCAAAGUCCAAGCCGCAGUAGUCGGUUCAACUUUAGGAGAACUGCCAGCAAGUCAUUGUCGUCAGCUCGACCCCCUGCCAUCAGCGGAAACUCAUCGUCCUCGGCUUCUUCGAUCAAGAGCAGCAAUGGCACUGAACUUCUAGUUGGAGAUGAGGUCGACCCAUCCCAAAUGCACUUUAAGCUGCUUACUGCCAUCAACCAGAUGAAAAAGCAGAGGGACCAGGUGGCUGAAGCAUUCGAAGACGACCAAACGUUCUGGCACAAGGUUCAUCAGAACUACCAAGAAUUUUCCAAAACAUCUCAGCGGGAUAACGGGUUUACAGUUGAAAACAAUGAUGAUAUUGAUAGUUCGAGAGAUUCAUUGUCCGUCGACAAGCGAACAGCCAGCUUCAUUUCCUAUCGCACCUCCAAUCAUUCUGACAUAUUCUUUGAUGCUGAAGAAAUUGUUUUGAGCGAUGAUGACGAUGAUUACGCAUUUGCUGAGAAUGACAUCAUAGACGAAAACGAAGAAGACGAGGAAGAUUCCGGUGAUAGCGAUCAUAAGUCCACACUCAGCGGGAUGCUUGGCGAAGAUGUCAAGCGCCGACAGCUGUUACCGUCACCCUCUGUUGGUGAAGCUGCGUCUGCACUAUCUGUUUUCCGAAAGAAUGUUGGAAAGGAUCUUUCCAAUAUUGCUAUGCCUAUUUCCAUGAAUGAACCUCUCAAUCUCUUGCAAAAAGCUUGUGAAGAAUUGCAGUAUUCAGAACUUCUUGACAAGGCUAAUAGCAUGGAAGACUCUAUGGAUCGCCUGAUGUAUGUUGCUUGCUUUGCCAUUUCGGGAUAUGCUUCUACGCAGUAUCGAACAGGUAGAAAGCCUUUCAACCCAAUGAUGUGCGAGACCUACGAGUGUAUCCGCCCAGAUAAAGGAUUCCGAUUUAUUGCAGAAAAAGUUAAACACAAUCCACCAGUUGUGGCGGCCAUCGCAGAGUCUUCCAACUUUUGCUUCUGGCAAAAUGCCGCAGUCAAGAGUAAAUUCUGGGGAAAAUCUAUGGAGCUUAUGAGUGAGGGUAACGCUCAUGUUACCUUGGCGGAUCAUCAGGACCACUAUACCUACUGCAAACCCUCCAGCUGGGUCCGCAAUAUGAUUGCUGGCAAUAAAUAUCUGGAACACGUUGGAGAAAUGCGCGUGACGAACCAUCAAACGGGUGAAUACGCCAUGGUUCAUUUUAAGGAAGGCACUGGUGGUGGCCUCUUUGGUGUGCCCACCAAACGCAACAUCAUUUCCGUCAGCAUUUGCGACAAGAAUGGAAAGGAAAGCAGAAAGCUCGUUGGCAAGUGGAGCGAAAGCUUAGCUCGAGAACUUGGUAAAGAUCAAUACGAGGUCUUGUGGCGUGCCCAGUCUCCUGGCAUACCGGAUCAUGAGCGCUACUACGGCUUCACAAAGUUCUGUUGCGAACUGAACGAAAUCAGCGAGCUGGAGCGUGGCAAGCUUCCUUGUACCGACACUCGAUACCGCCCAGAUCAGAGGAUGUAUGAAGAAGGAAAUGUGGAGGAAGCAGAUAUCGAAAAGCAGCGACUGGAGCAAAAGCAGAGAGAUUACAGGAAGAAAUUAGAAGCAGAAGGCAAGCAGUUUGAACCAAGAUGGUUCUCGCUUACUGAAGCUGAAUUCGACGAUGACAGCAAUGACACUGACAACUCCGGCAUGACUUGGAAAUACAACGGAAAGUAUUGGCCAGCGCGAGAAUCUCAUAACUGGCCCAGCGAUCUACUUCAGCUUUGGUAGUCAGUUUUUAGCUCUGUGUGUAAAAAAAGUAUUAGCAUUUCUAUCUUUUUAUUGGCGGGUGCAUAUAAUUCUCUAAUAGAUCUGAAACUUUAUCAAUAUGAAAGUAGAG